AUGAGGAUCGUUCAGCUGCUUCUGCUUACGGUUGCUCUCGUGAGCGGUGCCCACGGUGGCACAAUCCGUGCUGCGGAUGAUGAGCAAGAAGCUUGGCGGUACUUGGAAGAAAUAGAGGCAGAAAUUCUCAAUCGUCGCAAUGCUGGCACCGAAGCCGAGUGGGCCUACGAGUCGGACAUUAACGACGAAAACUUGCAGGUGAAAAACGAGGUGGCUGCUGCAAACGCCGCAUUCUUCAAAGAAGUGGCCGAUACGCUGGCCAAGUACGACUACGAAAGUUUCCAGGAUGAAGAUUUGAAACGUCGCGUUGAGAAGCUAUCCAGCCUGGGCUACGCAGCGCUGCCAGAAGAUAAAUUUGCUCGAAUGUUGGACGCGAUCAAUGCCAUGCAGGAAAACUAUGCCAAGGUGAAGGUUUGCGAUUACCAUGAUCGUACCAAGUGCGACCUGGCACUAGAGCCUGAGCUGACGGAGAUACUGGCCAACAGCCGUGACCCCGAGGAGCUAAAGUACUAUUGGCAGCAGUGGUACGAUGCGGCAGGAGCACCGACGAGGGUUGAUUUCCAAACCUAUGUCGAUCUGAACGGUGAAGCGGCAAGGCUGAACAAUUACGCAUCCGGAGCCGAGUAUUGGCUAAAGGCGUACGAGGAUGAGACCUUUGAAGAGCAGGUCGAUGCGGUGAUCGAGGAGCUGCGCCCACUGUACGAACAGAUUCAUGCAAAUGUGCGUUAUCAGCUGCGAAAGUACUACGGCGACGAGGUAGUAUCGGAGAGAGGACCCAUUCCGAUGCAUCUGCUUGGCAACAUGUGGGCGCAGGAUUGGGCUGGUGUCGCGGCCAUCACAAGCCCCUUCGCUGACCGUCAGCUGUUGGACGUGACCGAAGAGAUGGUUCGCCAGGGCUACAAUCCGAUCCAGAUGUUCGAGAUGGGCGAUGAAUUUUUCCAAUCGUUGAACAUGACAAAGCUGCCACCUACUUUCUGGGAAAAGAGUAUCCUCGUGAAGCCAGAAGAUGGCCGUGAUUUGGUGUGCCAUGCCAGUGCCUGGGAGUUUUCGAAAACGGACGACGUACGGAUCAAACAGUGCACCCGGGUGACGAUGGAUCAGUUCUUCACUGUGCACCAUGAGUUGGGCCAUGUGCAGUAUUUCUUGCAGUACCAACACUUGCCGAGUGUCUAUCGAGAUGGAGCCAAUCCCGGAUUCCAUGAGGCGGUUGGUGAUGUUCUUUCACUUUCCGUUUCCACUCCGAAGCACCUGGAGAAGAUUGGGCUGCUGAAGGACUUCGUGCAGGAUGAGGAGUCAAAGUUGAACCAGUUUUACAGUGCGGCUUUAAAUAAGCUUGUAUUUUUGCCAUUUGCCUACACGAUCGAUAAGUAUCGUUGGGGCAUCUUUCGGGGUGAUAUUAAACCGGAGGAGUACAACUGCAAAUUCUGGGAGAUGCGUUCGAAAUACUCCGGCAUUGAACCACCGGUCGUGCGCUCCGAAGCCGAUCUAGACGCUCCAGCAAAGUACCAUGUGUCUGCGGAUGUGGAAUACCUGCGGUACUUCGUAUCGUUCAUUAUUCAGUUCCAGUUCCAUCGGGCAGCAUGCGAGAAGGCGGGCGAAUACGUGAAGGACGAUCCGGAGAAAACGUUGAACGAUUGUGACAUCUACCAGAGCACGGAUGCUGGAAACCUAAUUAAAGCGAUGCUGGCGAUGGGAUCGUCGAAACCGUGGCCAGAUGCGAUGGAAGUCCUGACGGGAGAACGGCGUAUGAGUGCCGACGCCCUGAUCGAAUACUUCCAACCGCUCUACGAUUGGUUGGUGGUUGAGAACGACCGGCUGGAUGCUUAUGUAGGCUGGGAAGAAACCAAUAUGUGCGUUGGAUGA